AUGGAACAUCCAGCUUUUACAUUAUCAGGAUUAUGCGCCGUUGGCGGGUUUAUGGGUUACUUUAGAAAAGGUUCUGUACCUUCAUUGAUUGCUGGUACCGCAUUUGCUGGUUUAUAUGGAUACUCAGGUUAUUUAUUGAAGAAUAAUCAAGAUUGGGGUUUGGAAAUUGCUUUGGCUUCAAGUUCAGUUUUAUUGUUAGCUGGAGCUACUAGAAGUUUCCAAACCAAUUUCAAAGCUCCUAUCCCAUUAGUUUUGUUGGGAUUGGGUACUUUGUCUACUGCUUACUAUUUAAAGAAGUAUGAUGAGUUUUAUCCACUUUUUUAA